AUGAAUGAGAUUGGAAACACCAGAGACGCUCUUAACAUCGAAUUUCUCAUUCAAAAACACAAGGUUCCUCAGAAUUUCAGAAGGGCAUUGAGCACCAGGUUGAGGAGGCUUGUUAGUCAAGGGAAACUUGAAAAGGUACAAAACUGUUACAAGAUUAAAAAGGACUAUUCACCUGUGCCAAAAUCACCAGUUGCUGUGAAAAAGAAUGUGUGGCCACAACGGCAACAACCACCACCACCCCCCGAGUUUGUGGCAUCUAAUGAGACAAUAAAGGAAGCUGCUGAAACUGCAGCCUACAGAAUUGCCGAGGCCGAAAGCAAGUCAUAUUUAGCCGCUGAAGCAGUCAAGGAGGCAGAACGAAUUGCACGCUUAGCUGAAGAUGCUGAGGCGAUGUUACAGCUAGUACAACAGAUUUAUGAUGCUUGUACUUCAACUCAACUAUCCUACCUACUAAAUAGUGAAUUCUCUAAGUUGAUUUACUUAUCACUGCUUUUGGGUUCAUAA